UCCUUUGCUUCGUCCUGGGCGGGUUUUUUUUGCGCCCAAGCCCGCGGUCCAAGUCUCGUAAACGUCAUGUGCCCGCAAAGACCCUGGUCGGCCACCAAACGCGUUUUUGGGCUUCGAGUGCCGCUCUAUUCCCAGCGAACCUAACAAAAGGGCUGCCAUCCAUGGCUGGUGGGUGAGUCGGAACCGAACUUGGUCCACACUCAUAGUAGCGGCCUGUCCGAUUCCCUUCGCACCAACCUACCACGACCACUCUUUUCUGCUUCCUAAGCUGCAUCGCUAUCCGCUCUCUCCGCACAACGCUCGCUCAGCACGUAUAUACAGAGCCGCCUGCCAACCUCGCCCAAGGCGAUUACACUCUCUCUUCAAGGGCUCCUUUGACAGUACACAACUUGGCACUGCUCCUCCCGCUGCCAUGACCUGGGACUCGUAACCCACUCUUCCCGACCUUUACAACUGCACACAACCAUGGAAAGUCGGCAGCCUGAACCACCUGCGAGGGCCGAGAGUCCUCGACCCAGCACACAAAGACAGCGAAGCAACUCCUACCCCAUCGUCGAAGCCUUGGGAUGCUCGACACCAGAGGCACAACUAUUGCUGGCAGAGGGCAGGGCUGCUGUCAGCAAACGCCGAGCUCAUAGUCGGCGUAACCACUCAGUCAAUGACGGAACCAUCACCACCUUUGACCCUCGACACCACUUAGACUUUCUCAACGGCCCUGCACCUGCACCCGCACCCGUACCAACGUGUGAGCAACAGAGACCAGCGCCAUUCGAAGCCAGAAACUCCCACGCUAGGAUACCUUCCGAUGCAUCGGACCGGAGCACUGCUACCGUGGUUGCACAGCCUCGCGAGGACGACUCCCGCACCACCACGCCCACGAACCCGAAUCCCCUGGGAAAUUACUCGGCCAACCUGGCACAAUUCAUCAAAGCCCAGCUAAGGAACAUACCCACCUACACCCCUGGUCAUGACCCCACCUCGCCUCGCUCAUGUCCGGAUCUGUCUAUCCGUGCCCAAACACCGCCACAACCACCAAACCAAGUAGUAAGACGACCCAUAGAAGCACCCAAAGUCAUACAGAUUCCCCCCAUUCGGCCACCAAUGCAAAGUCAGUUCUCAGCUUGGAGCUCAGCCGACGAUGAUACCGAUGACGAUGUGCCUUCGAUGCCAAAUGUCCAGCAUCAUUAUCCUACCAACGACAACAUGUCCAAGGGAAGCAACUAUACCCCUUCAGUCCUAGGCUUUUAUGAAGGCUCAACCCACUCCUCGUUCUUAUUUUCCUCUACACCCGUCGACGAGGAAGAGGAACCCGAUACGGCCAAAGCCUUUACCUUCCCCGACCAGUCUGCUGAACUAGCACCUUCGCCCGCGUCUCACCAUGACGGCGACUACCCUUCCUCCGACCUCUCGCGCCCACAACUCACUUCAUUGUCAGCGCCGUCAGCCAAUUCAUCAGCCUCAAAUUCCUCAUACUUCGACUGCAAGCGACCCAUUUCCCUAACGGCUCAGCUAAAAGACCGCAUCAUAGCUGCAGUCACGCCUCCCACUCGGCAAGGCAAGAUGCUCACGGCUGUAUCGCCAUGGGAAGGGUCCGCCCUCACCAAUGUACACGAUGUUUUUGUCGAGUCACAACACCGCGUUCAUGUUGAUGGCAUGUCCUUUGACAUGCAGAGAGACUUCAUCAUGCCCAAUAGCAUGGGCACAACCUGCUAACCUCUCCUUUCUUAAUCAGCACCACCACCUCAUUUCCUUAUCAGUAUUAUUAAUGUUCGCGUUCCGGCGCUGUUGUACAUAUAGGCCUAGGAGCUGGGUCAGCCGGUCUUGCCCAUUACUCCAUGGUCUUUCCCGCAAUCUCUUUUCCACUUGUUUUUUGGUCUAAAAUAAUUGUCUUGUAAUCAUUUGGGUUUGGAGUAAAGUAUAAAGGGACUGCUACUCUCCGGGUUGUCCUGUUUCAGUUUGGUUCGGCGUCUGCUUUGUCUCCAGUUGGAGCUCGCUUCUUUAACUCGAUAUCCAGCACAUGACGAGUGUACGACGCACACGAUACCAUUUCUUUUUGGGGAGUUUGCUUCAGAAAUUGUAUAUACAAGUGGAAGGGGACGGUCCGUAGAGCCGGACAGCGGCGGCAACAAGCACGUUAGUCAAACCAGUACAUGGAUGCAUGUACCUAUAUUUCAUAGCAAUGGCAUGAUUGCGCAUCAAA